CUUUAGACAAACGCCCCUACGCCUUCCGUUGGCUUGAGCUACCAUACCGACGUCAUUGACUGUAUGCUACCGUGAAGAUGGCGGAGGCAACGGCGGCACCACAACACCGUUUUUUCUGUCACUGCUGUAAAGGUGAAAUCGACCCUAAACUCCCGGAAUUCACGUGCCCCAGGUGUGAGUCCGAUUUCAUUGAGGAGUUGACAGAAGACUCCAGUCUCUUGGAAAACAGCAGCACUGCAGAGGUCAAUGAUGAUGCAGGCACACUCUUUUCAGAGGUACCUCUGUGGCAGCUGCUGUUUAUGGAACGCUCUGCCCUUCUCUCGGACCCCUCCGCCUCUGAGUCUGACCAGAGCCUUCUACAGGCUGCCACAGCCAGUGAUGCAGUGGAGGAAGAGCUGGAGGGCCCUUCUGUGGACCCUGUGGGAGGCACAGAGCCUUUGGAGCCGGAACCGGAACGCCCCUCUCGCCCGUCUAGCCAGGGGAGGCGACAGUCCCGUGCGCCAGCAGUGGAGGGUAUUGUGCAACAGUUUUUGGCUGGUCUGUUUGCCAACAAUGGAAAUCCAGGCGUCGCACCAGCUGCACUGUCUGGCAUGCUCCAUUCAAAUCCAGGGGACUAUGCCUGGGGUCAGGGAGGUCUAGACGCAGUUAUCACAGAGUUGUUAGGUCAAUUUGAGAGCACAGGUCCACCUCCUGCAGAGAAGGAGAUGAUCUCAACCCUCCCCUCAGUCAGCGUCUCUCAAGAACAGACAGACAGCAGACUGGGGUGUCCAGUAUGUAGGGAGGAGUACUCCGUGGGAGAGUCUGUCAAACAGCUGCCCUGCCUCCAUUAUUUCCACUGUGACUGUAUAGUGCCAUGGCUCGAACUGCAUGAUACCUGUCCUGUGUGUCGUAAAAGUCUUGACGGCGUCGACCAGACUAUCCAGCCCCCACCAGAACCCCCAGAGCCCCCCUCCAUCAGGACAGACCCUCAGGAGGAGAGACAGGCUAUUUGAGGUUUAGGUCUCCCUCUCUUCUACCCCUCUGGCAUAUCUUCUUCCCUUUUUUUCUCCUGAACGAGGCUCACCUCUAUCCUCAUGCCUCGUCAUCCUGACCACGCAUUUAUUGAAGAGACAGAUUUCAAUUAAACUGUGCCUCAUUGUCAAAAUUCUACUCUCUAAAAUUCACCUGACAACGUUUUCACCCACAGAUCCCUAUACAUUUCUUAGAAUAGUGAACGAAUGUACACUUCUGGAGGAAGGAGAGGUUAUUGGAACGCAAGCACAGGGAGAAUCUCAAUUGCUACUUGCAUCCUCUCUCCUCAAAA